AAAAAAUUGAAAGUGAAUGUGAGAAAUGGGUUCCCAACCUGGGGUCCAUGGCAUAAAAAAAGGUUGGGAACCCCUGGUUUAAAGGGAAUGCGAGCCAGUUGCGGAACCUUCAGGAGGAUUUUUUAAAAACCGAAUAAGGGAUUGUUGGACUUUUAAUGUAAUGGAAUGACAUUUCCUACCUUUCCAUCUGUGGGAAGGAUCCUAGGAUCUAUUGAAUUUAGGAAUUUAACAGCCAGUGCAUCCACUAUCUUCAAAAGCAGCAGCUCUUUCAAAAGAACACAAAAACAAAAUGCUGGAGGAACUCAGCAGGCCAGGGAGCCUCUAUGGAAAAGAGUAUAGAAGAGGUUUAGAGCCGAGACACUUCCUCAGGACUCUUUCAAAAAGUCACUGGAGGUACAGUAUAUGACCCUUCCAGACCCAGUUUCCUCAACACAAAGGUAAGAAAAGCGUGCAUGGAUUUAAAGCAACGGAUAAGAUAUAAUUUAGAUGAGAUUUUUCACCCGGGCUGGGGAAUCAACUUCCUUUUCGAUCUGUCAUUUUUAAAGUGAAUAGUGAGUGACUGCGGGUUAGUUUUCUUCUGGAGAUCUAUGUUUUUCGUCGUCUGGUUUGGUCGAGUUCCUCCUUCUUGAGGUAUUUGAUAUCCGGAGUACUCUGCGGGUUGCUGUCACCCUCCGCCCACUCAACCCGGCAAGGGUUAGUCAAUGGAAAGGCGGCGCCAGUCACCUCCGCCCAACCCAUUCGAUAUCGAUUAUUGGAAGAGAAAAUUUGCUGUUAAAUACUGAUCAUCUCAACUUCUGAAAGUAAGAACUGGGAGAGAAUCAUCAAUCCGCAGCAGAACCGGGGACACAAUUGUUGAACUUCCUGUUCCAAAAUUCCCGUACUUCGAACUUCUCGAUAUGGACCUGCGGGGAUUCAGCAAGAUUUCACUUAACGCACUCUUUUACUUCGCUGCGUUUCGAGUGGGAGCAGCUGUUGAUAUCGACAAUGAGGAUUUCAUCAAGGAAUGCGUCAAUACCCACAAUCUGUAUCGCUCUCAAAUUGACCCUCCCGCCAGCGACAUGCUGUACAUGUCAUGGGAUAGGACUCUCGCUGAAGCAGCUCUUGCAUGGAGUAAGAAAUGCACAUUUAAUCACAACAAAGAUCUACGCACUAAAUGGAAACUUCAUCCGGUAUUCAAGACUAUAGGAGAGAACAUUUAUGUCCAGACAGGUUCCAGUUUAAAUGUUCCUGCUGCAAUAAAAAAAUGGCGCGAUGAAGUUCAAUAUUAUGAUUAUAACUCCAACAGAUGCAGAAGAGUGUGUGGUCAUUACACCCAGCUCGUCUGGGCGUCAAGUUACAAAGUUGGCUGUGCAGUUCACACCUGCCCAGGGGGAAUUAUUCACUUCAGCUCUGAGCUUUCGACUAUUUUUGUUUGCGAUUAUGGACCACCUGGAAAUUAUCCAAGACAACCUUAUUUAAAAGGAAAAGCAUGUACUCAGUGCCCUGACAGUUGGUGUGAAAAUAAAUUAUGCAGAAAUGCAACACGUGAGAUGACAAAUAAUUCAGACUCUGCAUGUGGCAAUUACUGCAUCGCUGUUGUAGUAACAAGACCAUUGACUCUUAUUAUUAUUUUCGGUGGAGUAUAUCUGAUACAGUAUAAGUACACUAACAUGUUUGCCUAUAUAUAGUACAUGCCAACAUUCUUCCAUGUCUGCAUUUAUAUCAGACCUGAAUACUGGAUUUUGUGUGGCUGAAAGUAAGGAAAAUGACACCUCCAUUAAACACGAAACAUAGAUAUCAACUUUCAAAAUUUCUGAUGAAUCAUGAUGGAGGUCAAACUUUGAUCUGCACUAUAGCUCAAAUAGUGAUUCAUGACAACUUUUCAAUUUGUCAGUUGGUUUGUUAACUUCUAUAGUGAAAAUAACUUCAAAUUACCAGCAACAUCUAAAAAGGAAUGCAUCGGAAAGCUAUAGGAUAUUUUAGAUGAGGACAAUCACUGAAUAUGAAAGGGGAAGUUUUGGGAGGUACUAAAUUUUUUCUGGUUAGCAACUGAAGCUUGAGUUUGCUUUAACAUUUUUAAAAUUUUUUAUGGAGAUACAUCUUGAUCUUUUUGUACUUUGAUGUGAAUAUUUUUGCUCAUUAUUGUUAACAACAUUGCCACAUGGAAAUGGAGCUUUAUAUUUUGUUUUCAGCAUUAACUGUCCCAGAUCAAUUAUAAUGCAGUCUAAUAAAACAUGAAACUCUUUCACGUUUCAAUUUGCACUUCGAAAAUUAACUGUUUUAUUUCUACACUUGCUUCAAGAUUUGUCAAUGCCAAAUCAAGAAUCUGUUCUCAGGUCUUGGCCUGAGAUGUUGACUGUACUUUUUUCCUUAGAUGCUGCCUGGCCUGCAGAGUUCCUUUAGCAGUUUGUGUGUGUUGGUUGGAUUUCCAGCAUUUGCAGAUUUUAUCUUGUUUGUGUUAGGAAUUUGAUUAUAGUCCACACUCUGGAUUAAUGGACAGAACUGAAUUUGCGUUGUCCUAAACUUUCUGAAUAGGUUCUGCCUUAAACUCAUUCUGCAAUAGAAUUGUUCAAAAUGGAGUUCCAUUUAAAAAUGUUUUUUAAAACAAGAGAUUAUUAUUUGAAUAAGUAUAGCAUUUUGGUAUCAAUUUGAAUCAAUGCAUUUAGGGACUUCAUGAAGGAUCAACUUUAUUUGCCAUAUAUAUUUACAUGUCUCAGGAAUUUACUGUGAGGUGUUGGUCAGGGCAUGACAUGCAACUAAAAAUGUCAACAUUCAACAGUUAUAAAGAAUGAUGCAAAAAGCUUAGAGGUUAAAGGAGAGAAAUUGAAUAUACAUACCAGCAUAUAGUUACAAUGUAAAAACCACUUUUUGUAAUGCCUUUAAAGUGUCUACAGUACAGUGACAUGCUAACUUGAAUGGUUGGUGAGAUUGACAUCCUGGGGAAGAAAGUUUUAAAAUAAUGUUUCUUUUUUGUUUUUGUUUUUAAUAGCCCUAUAACACUUUCCAGAAGAGAGCUUUUAGAAAAGGCAGUUUACAGGGUGGGUAGUAUCAGCUAUGAUUUUUUUUUUCCCCUGCUUGCUGCUUUCUUUUUUUUUGCCGACCUCAUUUAAAAAGAAUUAAAUUAACAUUUAAUAUUAAAAGUAUUAGAUUAACAUGUCCACAGAAGGUAAAAGGUGGUUGUAGAUGGUUUGUAUUCUAUGGAGGUCAGUGACCAGUGGUGUUCCACAGGGAUCUGUUCAGGGACUUCUCCUCUUUGUGCUUUUUAUAAAUGACCUGGACGAGGAAGUAGAAGGGUGGGCUAGUAAGUUUGCCGAUGACAAAAAGGUUGGGGGUGUUGUGGAUAGUCUGGAGGGUUGUCAGAGGUUACAGCAAGACAUCGACAGAAUGCAGGACUGGGCUGAGAAUUGGCAGAUGGACUUAAACCCAGAUAAGUGUGAAGAGGUUCAUUUUGGUAGGUCAAAUCUGAAGAAAAAACAAUAUUAAUGGUAAGACUCUUGGCAGUAUGGAGGAUCUGAGAGAUCUUGCUCCUUGUCCAUAGGACACUCUAAGCUGCUGCACAGGUUGACACUGUUGUUAAGAAGGUGUAUGGUGUGUUAGCAUUCAUCAACUGUGGUAUUGAGUUCAAGAGUCGUGAGGUAAUGUUACAGCUAUAUAAGAUGUUGGUCAGACCCCACUUGGAGUAAUGUGUUCAGUUCUGGUCACCUCACUACAGAAAGGAUGUGGAUACUAUAGAGAGAGUGUGGAGGACAUUUACAAGGAAGUUGCCUGGUUUGGAGGGUGUACCUUUGUAUUGGUGGGGUCGUGACUGUCACGUAACAGCACUGCCCACUACCUGGUUGGAAGGCACGCCACCUGCCAAUCAAGGUUUGCCCCCUCCUCAUCCAUCAAUGCACACCUAACCAUUGACCCCUCUAAAUAGCCUUGUACUUGGCCUCCGGCGAUUGGCCUUUGUGAUCAGCUUAUCUCUUCUGGCACCGAGCCAUUGGCCCCCUUGUGAAUUACCUGGGCUGGACCCUCCAGCCCUCCUGCACUAAAAGGGUGCCAUGUGUGCUGGGCUCUCUCUUUUUGCCAUCUCCGAGGGACCACCCUGCUUCACUUCAGGCUGAGAACUGUGGAACAGCACUGGUGAAAUUGGUGAACUGUGCAUUGAAUAGGGUUGGGAGUGUUGAUUAUUGUCCCUAAUAGCACAAAGAUGUGCCUGCACAAAGUCAAGGGGUGGCGGGUAUCGUAUUGACUUUUCCCGUGUUUUUGUGUGUGUGUAGCGAUUUUCCCACGUUCGUUAUUAAUUGUCCGGUGUAUUUUACUGCUGAUCUGACUUUUCCCCGACUGCUGUAAAUUGUGCCCGUGUGUGUGUUGCUUCUGUUGCCAUUUUCCCACGUUUGCCUUCUGUAAAUAAAAUCCU